AUGUCUGCCUACGGUACGGUCGCAGCUCCUGCCAAUAGCAAGACGCUUGUUCCUCGGCUCUUUCCUCUUCCUGAGCGUGUGAGGAGAGAUCAGAAUGACGAACGCGCCGCUGUGCUGUGUGUGCCCUUCGGCGGUGGCCAGGAGGGCAAAGUGAGCCUACCGACCGAGGCGAGGCAGCUCAUGGCCGACGUCUUCAACAAAGAGCUGGAGAAAGGUGUCACAUACCCGCAAAGGGGGCCAAUGAGCUUGGAAGAGUUUUCAACAUACUUCUGCUCUUGCGAGCUCAUCGUGGGCGUCUUCCUCUCAGCGGCCUCCCUUCCAUCGAGUCUGAGCGCCGACCAAUUGCCGUCGACCGGCCAGGCGCUGAGUGAUCCCAACACUCUUCAAACACUACUGCCGUCUCCGUCGCAAUGGAAGGAGUCAUUGGCACUCUUCUACUACAUCAAACCAAAUUACCCUGGCAGAUCCUCGCACCUGUGCAAUGCUGGUUUCGUUGUCCCUCCGUCUAAUCGGGGGCUUGGUCUCGGAGGUUUGGCCGGUAGAAGCUUCCUUCACUUCGCGCCCGAGCUAGGGUACCAGGGAUCCGUCUUCAACCUAGUCUAUGAGAACAAUGUGGCGUCUCUGUCCAUCUGGCAACGGUUGGGGUUCACACAGGUCGGGAAAAUUCCGGGCGCAGGGCUGCUGAGGACGGCAGAUGGUAAAGGCGAGGAAUACGUCGACGCAUGGGUGUGA